AUGCACCAGGCGGCACGCAUGGCGCAUGAUCAUGCCGAGCCACAGGCGUCCUGUAGCAAAACGUCUUCUUUGCUCCUCCGUCCCGCCGCCUCAAUUUCAAGCAUGCUGGCGUGUCCCGCUCAGACACACACGCCGGCCGCUUCAAGUUGCAAGAUGAGGCGCGCACACCUUCAUAUCUCGUCCUGUCUUUAUCUCUCGUCCUGUCUUUAUCUCGUCCUGCCCUUUGUAUCUCGGCCUGCCGCCACAUGCAACAUGGGGAAUGUGCCUCUGCCCCUGGUGCAGGCGCCAUCUUUGUGCGCUUCGCAUCUCAACCCAAUGCACGAUCCCAAGAUAGCACAAUGGCAGGCCGUGGAACUUUGCGGGCCCGCGCAUUAUCGUUGUGUGCUGCUGCAAUCUCACAUCGGUCCACUUUGGCAGCUUGUCCCACUUGAAACACCGUCUCGGAAUUGUCUGCUUGUGUGCAGCAGACGAACAAGUUUGCAGAUGCCCAGGGCCCGAGUGCGGCGGUUAGGCGCGCGCGCAGAAUCUAUCGCCGCGCCGCAGCAGCUGUGGCCGGCUCUGCAUCUGGUUUCAUGCCUCGGAGAAGAUGAAGUGGUUUUUUUCGACCCCUCGAUGCACCCGUCCCGAUUGGGCUGCCGCUCACGCUUGCUGUGCGGCGCUACGCUCUUGUGUACAGGAACAAAGAGAUCAAUCCCAGGGAUUUCGGCCCAGUGGCCUCCACAAACAAGACAAGAAAUUGCGAAACUGGUCAGCCCUUUGCUUCCCUCAUUAUGUCAUUUAUUAUUUCUUUUCUUUGCCUUUAUUUUUUGCAUCUGUUUUUCCCCAAGCGUAUUGUCCUGCUUUCUGGCGGGGCUUCAUCUCUCCUGA